CCCAAUUCCUCGCCCCAUCAUUUCCAUGCCUUAUGCCCUAUAUAUCAGUAUCGCCGUAUUAUCGUCUUCGAGACGCUGCCGCCGUCCGUCUAACCCUCUCUGCAGCCCCUCCCGCCCGGCAUACCCUCUCCUCUGACUAUCUCUCCCUCUUCCGUUCUGCUGUCUUCUCCUUCUCGCGCCGCCCCAAGCUUGCCCCUUCGCGCUUCCCUCCCUCGUGCCCACUCUCUCACUCGAGUAACGAGCCCACUGCUGCUGGCCGCCGCUUCCUCCGCCACCUCUUCCGUCCAUCCACUGCCUCUUAUAAUGCCUUAAUGAACUCUCUUCUUCUUGCUAAUCACACCGCUGCUGCUUCGUCAACCUUCAGCUCUCUUCUUUCGUCCGGCCUCUCCCUCACUACUUCCUCUUUCACCAUCUUCCUCAAACUCAUCCUCACCUCCCCUCGUGCUAAUCGCUUCGAUGAUGCUUACUCUCUCCUUGACAAAAUGCUCCAUUUUGGUCCCCUACCAGAUGCUAUCACCUACUCCACCUUCAUUGCUGCGCUAUCGCGUGCUGGAAGAGUCUCGGAAGCUAUCGGUGUUCUUGACCUCAUGCUUGACAAUAAAUGCAGUCCCACACCACAAGCCUGUACUUCUCUCAUCCAUGGCUAUUGCUCUCAGGGAAAGAUCAAGGAGGCGAAGCACUUUAUGGGUUUGAUUGAAAGCUAUGGGUUUGCUCCGGAUACCUACAUGUACACAGUAUUGAUUGAUGCCUUGAGUAGAAGUGGUGAAUUUGAUGAGGUUGAAAGGAUUUUGGGUGAGAGCCAGGUGAAGGGGUGGAAGCCAGAUGAGGUCACGUACAACGUUUAUAUGAAUGGACUCUGUAAAGCUGGAAGGGUUGGUGAAGCAUUUGGGCUUUUGGAUGCUAUGAGAUGUAAUGGUCUGUUUCCGAGUCUGGAAACUUUGAAUAUACUUUUUGAUUGUUUGUGCAGGGUUUGUAAGUUACAGGAGGCAGUGGAGUUAUUGGGGAAGAGCGCAGAAUUGGAUUGGAGCCCUGAUGUUAUCUUCUACAAUACUAUGAUUAGUAGAUGUCUUGAUCGUGGUUGGUCUACGAAUGUUUUGCGUCUGUUGAGUGAUAUGGUUAAGAGGGGGAUUGAACCAGAUGCAUGCACGCUUACUCUCAUAAUACGGAGUAUGUUCUCUGAUGGAAAGCUUCAGCUGGCAAAAUAUAUGAUGAAUGGUAGUCGGAGUUUUGUUCCUGAUGUUGUAGCAUUCAACACAUUGCUUCAUCACUUUUACCUUUUUGGAGAAAAUAAGGAGGUUAUAAAUCUGUUUGCUGAUAUGGUUCAGAAGAAUGUUACUCCAAAUAAGUUCACCUACUGUGUUUUGAUUGAUAGUCUUUAUAAGGAAGAAAGGAUUGAAGAGGCUAUUGACGUUGUUCUUGGGACCAUCAGAGAUGAUUUCAUGCAGGAUUUGAUUAGUCGUCUGUUACGUUGGUUAGCUGGUGGUCAAAAGUUUGGGGAUAUUCUAAAACUGUUUCAAAAAUUAGGGCAAGAUUCUAUCAUAGAUGUUGCCUGUUUCAAUUCAUUAAUUAUUUCAUGUUGCAAGAUGGGCAUAUGUCGAAGUCAAGAUUUUUACAGACUUUCUAUAAUUAUUGAACAAAUUCUUGGGAUUAUGUAGCAUAUCUUCAUGGAGAUGUGACCCUUUUAAUUAGAAGUA